AUGGAGAAACCACACCACAUGAGGAAGACAACCCAAGGCCGAAAGAAGAUUGAAAUCAAGAAAAUAGACCAAAUGAACAAUCGUCAAGUCACCUUCUCCAAACGCCGGGCCGGUCUCUUCAAGAAAGCCAGCGAGCUCUGCAUCUUAAGUGGUGGAGAGGCCGCCAUUAUCGUAUGCUCACCGGGUGGCCGCGUGUUCUCAUUCGGACACCAGAGUGUCGACGCCGUGGUCGAUAAGUUUGUCACUGGUUCUACAUCAUCAUCUUCUCCACCACCUAAUAAACUUAACGAGGAGUUGAAUAAGCGGUAUGUGGAAAUUUCAAAGGAAUUGGACGCAGAGAAGAAGAGAAGUUUGAUGAUUGAAGAAGAAGUGAAAGUGAGGGGCGUGGGCAACGGCCGUGGUGGGUUAUGGUGGAAUGACCCCAUUGAUGGGUUGAGUUUGGUGGAGCUUGAGCAGAAGUUGGUUUCGAUGGAAGAGUUGAAGAGGAAGUUGGACAUGAGAGCGGAUGCGAUGAUGAUGAAGUCUUCUACAAUGCCCUUGACGUCAAUGCUUGGGAUGAAUAAUCAAACUCAACCUGCUGCUGCAGACACCGGUUGUCCCAUGGCUAAUCUUGAUUUUGAUUUGCGAGGUGGUCCGUAUUAA